CGCACCCAUCAAACUUCCUAUGACAUUUUCUGUUUUUACAUUCGCAAUUAAUGAUUAAUAAUACGAUUCGAUAAAGUUUUCAUGUUGUAAUUAUGAAUUGGGUCGGUUUGGUCCCGGAGUUGCGAUUGCGAUAAAACACAAUGGAGUCGAUAUUCCACGAGAAGCAAGAAGGUUCAUUAUGCGCCCAGCAUUGCCUCAACUCCCUCUUGCAAGGACCGUACUUUACGCCGGUAGAUCUGAGCACCCUGGCCGGCAAACUGGACGAGGAAGAGCGGGAACGGAUGGCCGAAUGCGGGGUAGAUAGCGAGGAGUACAAGAAAUUCCUAGCGCAACCGUCUGGCAACAUGGACGACAGCGGUUAUUUUUCGGUGCAGGUGAUAAGCAGCGCACUGCAAGUUUGGGGUCUGGAACUAGUGCCUUACACCAGUACGGACGAGAGAGUGCGAACUGCGAAAACCAAUCCUGGAGCCAUGAAAGCGUUCAUCUGCAACUACAGAGACCACUGGCUGACGAUCAGGCGGAUAGCCAAACAGUGGUUCAAUCUGAAUUCGUUGCUGUCGAAACCCGAGCUCAUAUCCGACACGUAUCUGUCCCUGUUCCUGGCCCAACUCAUCAACGAGGGUUACUCGAUCUUCGUGGUGUUCGGGGAGUUUCCCGAGUGCACGGCGGACGAAAUCCUGAAAAUUAAUCCAAUAUCGACGAAAACACACCGUCCGCAAACCAAACGCAGCGACUCGGGCCAAAACGAUCCCGACUUGCAGGCUGCUCUGAAGCUGAGCUUGCAAGAUGUCGAACCUGACGCCGUCGAAGCGGAAACGGAGACGGAUGCGGACGCGGACGCGGAACUGCAGGAGGCUCUGCGAUUGAGUCUGGAGGGUGGGAACAGUAGUCCCGAAGAGGACGAGGAACAGACUCUGAUGCGGGCGAUUAAUAUGAGUUUGCAGUGCUAACAGUUCACGUACCUGAUUUCGUUCUUUCGGCUUACUAACAGUAUUAUUUUGUCGGUGAAUCGGUGAAUAGGGUUCGACAUUUUCAAAAUUAAUGUGUUCAACUUUUCGGAAUUGUACAUACAAGGAUUUUUCGGGGUUGUUGUUGAUAAAUUGAUAAAUGUUACAUAGUUAUUUUCAUACUGCAACAUAUACAUAUAUAUAUAUAUACGUACAUUUUUUUCGGGUGCACCAUUUACACGCAGAAAGUCUAUUUUUCAUGAAAUCCUUUAUUUCUUAAAUCUAUGUCAAUUAUACUUUUUACAUAUUUGCUAAAAUUAUUGUUUUUGUCUUUCAUUUAAUAUCGUUGUUGUUAUUUACGCUCAUAUUAUUUAAGUUCAUAUUUAUUGUACAUAAAAACAUAUUUUUAUGCGAACUUAUUGUUUAUAUAAUAUAUAAUUAUGAAUUUUAUUUAUUAAAAAAACAGUCUUGUUCAAUUAUGUUUACAAUUUACCUAUUUAAAUAACAAAAAAUAUUAAUUUCAUAUUUACAUAUAAAAUGUUUUACAUUAAUAAUAUAUUAUGGAUACUAAAAAUAUUGAUUUAUUAAAAUGUUUAUUGUUGAAUAGUUGUAAUAUUGUUGUGCUGUUCUUUUUACUUAUAUUUGGUUAAGUUUAUAUGUUUUUGUAUCUAAAAUAACAAUAAAUAUAUAUUUAGUUAACCAA